CAUUCAAAUAUUGAGAUUUUAGUGAUUUUCUUCUCAUUUUUGUGCAUAAUUCACAUAAUUCAACAUUCAUGUAAAUACUCAAAGCGCUCAAACCUUAAUUUUUCUUUUUCAUUCAUUCUCAAGCAUUCUCAAGUUAGAAUAUAAAAUCUCCCAUAAAGAAAGAUUCUGAGUUCUGACGCCAAUUCUGACUCACUAACACCGCACAUUGUCUCGGUUGAAAAUCACGAUUAGGGCUGACACCAACUUUGAUUGUUUGGAGACAAUUAAAAGAAAUUAGUCGGGCUGGAAAAUUGUUUUCUCACAGCAGAAAGCACUUUUACAAGAGAUUCCCUUGUAUUGCAAUAAAUCCACCGCAGAAAAGUGCUUUGAGUUAAAUGAACCACGUCGUAAAUAACAUACGACAGCAUCAAAGGACAGAGCUGCAAUUUGAUAACAUUAUUCUCCCAUGAAAAAAUAUUAUUAAUAAUGUUUCGUGAUUAAUCUCUCUCUCAACGUGAAGCUUUUUUUUGUUGUAUUUGAAAUUCUCUCAUGCUUCGAAUAGAAGAGAAGAUUGGAGGGAAAAAAAUAAUAAAUAAAAAGAGAAGAUUUUCUUCGUGGGAUUUUCCCUGAAUUCACUCCUGAACAUUAUCAUUUCCCCAUGCUCAUCUCCACAUGGGACACUUUUUUGUGUGCCACUCCAAAGAGGGGGAGUUAUCAUUUUUUUUUCUACUCAACACAUUGGAGAUUUUUUUUGCUGUGCAACAUCGUGAAUUGAAUUUUAUUAGUAAGCACGCGAUUUUAGAUCUCUGUCGUUGAGAGUCAUCUCCACUGAGAACAAAUCAUCUCAUUUCUCUCUGGCUCUUCCGCAAAAGGUGAUCGUUUGUGCUCCUAAGCUUUUCCGCUGCCGGGCUUUUUCCACGCACGCAAAGUGCUGCCAGUUAUUUUAUAUCGAAAAAAAAAUUCGCUUUCUGCCCCAAUCACCUGUGACCCGGACUGUGUGGCAAAAAAAAUUUAAAUAUUUGGUGAGGUACAGCCAUAUAGUGGUGGAAUGAUAAACGAUUGUGUGACAACAAAACGUUCCACGAAGAGCCUUGCAGAGACAUAAUACACAAAUUGUUUGCCAGUGGAUUUUAGUGAUAAAAAAGCAUUAUCCGCCUUUUAAUUACAUACUCGCAAAUCUGUCUCUUGGAGUCUCCUGACCUCUCAUUGCAUGAUCUCUGGGGUGAAAAAGUGGUGAAGUCAGAGGAAAAAUAAGUAUUUUGUAGCAUCUUCAUGGGUUCGGUGGUCGUUGCAAAUGCGUAAAGUGAAGUAAAUGUGAACAAAAAGAGGAAGAAAAUUCGCAGCUUGAGACGCUAAAAAAUUGACUACAAGUAGCUGAUACAUUGAGAAAAUCUGUAAAGCAUUCGUGAUCUCGUUACCUUGACAUUGGUGCUUGUCGUGUGCAUGCAAAGUGCCGCCAAGUAGAAUUCUCUCGGUGAAAACCACGCGAGCUUUUUUUUUUUGCACGGAAAUAGAAUCAGUGAGAGUGAGAGCCAGGAAAUGCCCGAUGUGGAUAGAAUGCUUGAAAAGUGUGGCGACUUUGGGCGCUACCAAUUUUUCUUGCUCUCCCUCUUUGCCGUGGUCAAUGUACUCACAUCCUGGCACUACUAUUCCCAGACAAUAAUAAGUGUUGUCCCCGAUCACUGGUGCUCUACCGAAGCCACCCAGAAUCUCUCAAUUAGCCAACUGAGGGAGGUUUUCUCCACCUACGAUGAUCCAUUUUGCUCCCGAAUGGUCAAUGAGGAAUUCUUUCCCAACAUCUGGAUGGAGGGACAUUCCGAAAGGCGACGACAGUGCGAGGAGUGGAUCUAUGAUCGAGACUAUGGGUACCAGAGCAUGACGAGUGAUUUAAACUGGGUUUGCGAAUCAGCGUGGAAAUCGACGUUAGGGCAGUCAGUUUACUUCAUUGGAUCAGUUGUUGGGACGCUGAUCUUUGGGAUUCUAGCUGAUAAAAUUGGGCGAUUGCCUAUUCUUGUUAUAGCCAAUUGUGCCGCUCUUCUGGGCAAUGGAGCAACAAUCUUCUCAACAUCCGUGCCUUCCUUUUGCAUUUGCCGCUUCAUAUCUGGCCUCGCAACGGACAGCAAUUUCGUGAUGAUGUACAUCCUGGUGAUGGAAUACAUCCGUCCAUCGAUGCGUACCUUUGGGCUGAAUAUCUGCAUCGGCAUUUUCUACUGUUUAGGCUCAAUGGUGACACCGUGGAUUGCUGUGGCCGUUGGCAAUUGGAAGGUCUUCCUCAUGGUGACAUCUCUGCCCAUCGCAAUCAUUCCUGGCUUCUAUUUCAUCCUCCCCGAAAGUGUUCAUUGGCUGAUAUCAAAGGGAAACGUUGAGGGUGCCAUCAGUUGCUUCCGUCGUGUGGCAGCCUUCAAUAGGAAGCAUAUUGAUGAACAGAUGAUUCGGGACUUCAGGAAUGAAUGCAUCAAUCAGUCAACUGGAUGUGAGAAGAAAUAUCAGGCGAAUCUCUUUGAUUUAUUCAAAACACCUCGAUUGCGACGGAACACAUUUAUCCUGUUUUUCAAAUCGAUGGUCAUAACACUUUGCUACGAUUCCAUCUCGAGGAACGUCGAAGGACUGGGCCUGUCGCCCUUUAUCCUCUUCUCUCUCAGUGCAACAGCCAUCUUCCCCGCAUGUCUUGUCCUCUGGGCACUCCAGGAUAAGAUUGGACGCAAAGCAAUGGCAUCGAGUUCUCUCCUUAUUAGUGGGAUCUUCACCACGUGCACUGGAAUAAUUUUGGCUUAUCAGAAAAAUUCCGCCACAAUGUCCGUUGCACUCCUGGCCACUCUUGCUGUUAUCGGGAGGUUCGGUGUCACGGUAGCGUACAACUCUAGUGCUCAAUAUGCAACAGAGUUGAUUCCCACGUGUGUAAGAGCACAGGGAGUGAGUGCUGUUCACGUGGCAGGAUAUGCUGUAACAUUCUUCAGCACAUUCAUCCUCUACUUGGCACAUUACUUCAAGCCACUACCUUCCUUAAUUCUCGGAGGAUUGUCUCUAGCAGGAGCCUUGCUGUGCCUCUUCCUCCCGGAAACUCUCAAUCGAACCAUUCCCGCUACAAUUGAAGAAGGUGAACGAUUCGGCAUCGGCGAACGUUUCUUCCAUUUCUCAUGCUUUGAGAAAUCUUCCACUUCCGACAAUACGAGCACUGUUACAACAUUAGACACAUAACACAUUGUUUAGGUGAUUAAAAGUAUUUUAUUAAUCUGGGAUUUUAAUUCUUAAUAAAAAGAAAAUCAAGAAUAUAACGACAAAACGUU